AUGGGGAGCUCCUAUCUGCGGUGGGUGCACAGGCCAGCCCCCGGCCAGCCUCGCUUUUUUAGAAGCCCAGUCGUGGAGUACCUCACCAAAACACCCUGGUGGGUGGUGCCUCUGAUAUGGGUGCCCAUCAUACUGGCAUGCUUGAGGCGGAGCUUCCUGGAUUCGCACUUGCAGUGGCCCCAGCUGGCGCUGCUUGUGGCCGCUGGGGUCCUCCUUUGGCAAUUGCUAGAGUACUGUAUACACAGGCACAUUUUCCACGCGCAGCCGCGCAGCUACUGGGCCAUAACGCUGCACUUUGGGUUUCAUGGCUGCCACCACAAGUUCCCACAGGACAGGGAGCGCCUCGAGGCGGUGAUGCCGGUGUUCUCUGGAGUGCUGCUGGGAUAUCUGGCGUAUGACUGUGUCCAUUAUGCAAUCCAUCAUGCGCGGACGGGGAGCAGCUGGUUUGCCGAUCUGAAGAAGGCCCACCUGAACCACCACUUCAGAGAUCACAGCGCAAAUUUUGGCAUCAGCUCCAAGUUGUUUGAUACGAUCUUACAGUCCUGCCCCAAGCACUGA